AGCAAGAACCGUACGCACAAAACAAAACCAGAGAUUUCGUUAUCCACUAAGCUCGUCAGCGAGCUUCUUCUGCAAAAAUCUUCCGAAUCGUAAAAUUCUCUGGAGCUCAAGCAAAAAAGAUGGCAGCUUCUUCUCCAUCUCUCCUGCUACCACUAGUUUCAGCGUCUAGAGAUGGUCUCUCUGUAAAGAAUCGAAAUACAUCAAGAUAUAUAGCCACACGAGUCAAGUAUGGGCUUCGAAUCAUCGCUUCAGAAACAAGAGAGAACAGCUGUCAAUUCAAUAGUCUCUCUACUCGUAGAGAUGCAAUGCUGUUGGUACUCGGCGUCUCAGGAGGUUUAUCAAUGAGCUCACUUGCGGCUUAUGCAGCCGGUUUGCCUCCAGAAGAUAAACCGAGACUCUGUGAAGCUGAAUGCGAGAAAGAGCUUGAAAAUGUUCCAUUGGUAACCACAGAAUCAGGACUGCAAUAUAAGGAUAUAAAAGUCGGUAGAGGCCCGACUCCCCCGGUUGGUUUUCAGGUUGCUGCUAACUAUGUGGCUAUGGUUCCAUCAGGGCAAAUUUUCGACAGUUCCUUGGAGAAAGGUCUACCGUAUCUCUUUCGCGUUGGAUCUGGCCAGGUGAUCAAGGGACUUGAUGAAGGACUCUUAAGCAUGAGAGCAGGUGGCAAACGCAGACUCUACAUUCCAGGGCCUUUGGCCUUUCCAAAGGGUCUAACCUCAGCUCCAGGGAGGCCAAGAGUUGCACCAAACAGUCCAGUGGUAUUUGACGUGAGCUUAGAGUACAUACCAGGCCUUGAGUCAGACGAAGAAUGAGACUCUUCUUAAGUUCAAAUUUCAACACAUAAUUACAAGAUUCGUGUGUAUAAUAUUAUUAUCUCAUUGUGCUUCAUUCCAUUGAAGAAUAUUAUAAUUAUUAUUACAUUAACUAAAGAAACUUCGGUUUCUUCUGUUCCUCACCA